CGAGCUCGAGGAGCCAGAAGAAGCAGCAACUGCGUGAGCUCCAAGACAGGGUUGACAAAACAAUUGGGCCGCCAGUCGAACAUAAUGGCUGCCUCAAGUAGAGGAGGGCGGGCUGUAUCAGCAUUGCUGAGAGGCACCUUCAGAAUGUGCCCCCAAUGCGCUCGAAGCACCCAAUUGCCCAUACACCGCUUCUACUCGGCAGGAGCCGCCGCCAGCAGCCCGACGAUCCAGCCGCCGACGCCUGGGAUGCCGCUCCCGCCGACGGACGUGUCACCGGCGACCCCCGUCCUACCGCAGCACCCGCGGUCGCAGUACCGGAUCAAGUCGGGCAUCAUCCUGACGCGGGCGCCGCUCCUGACGCGGGCGCCGACGCCCUUCGAGGCGGCCUUCUUCCUGUACCAAAAGCGGCUGGACGAGCGGCUGGCGGCGCCGUUCCGCAAGGGCUUCUACUUCAAGCUGGACACGCCCGCGGAGCUGGACUGGCGGCUCAAAGUGCGCGAACGGCACGGCGUCGCCGCCCGCGACGUCGGCAGGUACAACCCGCGCGGCCGCCUGGCGUGGAACGACGAGCUGCUGGCGGGGAGCCCCGUCUCGGACCCGGCGGCCGUGGCCGGGGCGCUGGUCCGCGACGCGGAGAUGCGCGUCAGCGAGGACGGCGAGGAGAUCCCUGAGGAGGAUCGCGUCAAGGUCGAGGGCCCACUGCCGAGGCGGACGGCGGCUGAUGAGGCGGGGGAUGCGACGAGGUUGGAUCGCGAGCUGGAUCGGACGCUGUACCUUGUUGUCAGGAGGGGGGAGGAUGCUCCCUGGGAGUUCCCGAGCGGGGAUGUGCUGACCAGCGAGAACCUACACGAGACGGCAUCGCGGAUACUGGCCGAGUCAGCCGGCGUUGACAUGAACACAUGGAUGGUCGGCCGAGUGCCCGUUGCGCACAUUGUGACUAAGCCGGUUUUCAAGGAGGACUCGUCGCUUCGGAGGCGUGGGGAGAAGGUGUUCUUCCUGAAGGGAAGGAUCAUGGCAGGGCAGGCCGACCUGACCAACAAUACCCAGGGGUUGACCGACUUUAAGUGGCUUACGAGGGAUGAGCUCAAGGAGGUUCUGCCCGAGGAGUACUACCGCGGUGUGAGGAACAUGAUGGCUGAGAGAUGAGCGCGUUUGUGUGGAAAUACUAGGACUGUAUAAUAGGUGUAUACUUAGGUUGUCUGUAUCGGGACCCAAGCAAGCAUAUAGAAGAGGCCGCGUGUCACUCUCAGUGCCUCAGUGCAACGUCAUGUGCGACAUUGUUUACCAUUCUAGGUAGCUCAAGUCUGACC